CAAGUGUUUAUGGCCAUGGAUGAUGACAUUCAUAAUUGCCUCAGGAAUAAUUUAUGGCGUUGGCCACAUCUCUCGUUGCUUCUCCUCCAUGUCUACAAUGGAGGAGAAGACCCACAGCGAACUUCCUGCCACUCCAAAGAAGAAGAAGUCUUUCAAUUAAAGCCAUAGCGGAUCCCUUUGUGCUAGAGCUUGCAGAGAAGCUGGAGGAAUCGGUUCUCCAAAACCCUAAGUCUACUAAAACGCUUUCCACCCUCAGAGAAAAAUGCACGCAAGAAGCGCUAUCUAGCAAAUGGCCCUCUGCAAAAGACGAGCCUUUUCGCUUCACAGACCUCAAAUUUCUCAAAGAAGCCACAAUACAGGUUGCCUCACAAGAGGAAACAGAAAAUCUCGAUUCAAACUCUUUGGACCAAUCCCUGGACGCAAAAUCACAGAGAGUGGUGCUCAUAGACGGCGUCUUGAAUAAGUCCCUUUCGCACACGGCCGGAUUGCCCGACGGAGUGUUUGCCGGAAGCCUCUCGUCCCUGCCAGAAACGUUUUCGCUGCCGCCGCUGGAGAAUGAUUGCGGUGACCUGUUUUCUUCCUUGAACGGGAUUGGAACCCGCGACCUGGGGAUUAUAUUUGUUCCCGAGGGCUUGAAAGUCGAGCAGCCGUUGUAUAUUGUUUAUUUUUCGCGGCAAGGUAGUGAUUUGCAGUCGGAGAUCUGGGUUUCGAAUCCUCGGCUUGUUGUGGUGUUGGGGAAGGGCGCAGAAUUGAAUAUUGUGGAGGAAUUUCGGGGGGGUGAGAAGAGAUCUUACUGGACUAAUUCUGUGUUACAGGUCAACUUGGAAGAGGAGGCCAAGCUCUUCCAUUCUUUUGUUCAGUUGCAAAAGCCCGGUGCCGUGCAUAUCAAGUGGACUUUUGUGCAACAGGGUACAUCCAGUAGCUACAAUUUGGUAGAGACAAGUACUGGAGGCAGAUUGAACAGGCAUAAUCUACAGAUUCAACAAUUGGGCCCUGACACAGUGACAGAGUUGUCUACUUUCCACUUAGCUGGUGAAAACCAAAUACAAGAUCUACAUAGUAAGAUCAUUUUAGACCAUCCAAGAGGCUAUAGCAGGCAGCUCCAUAAGUGUAUUGUGACACAUUCCUCUGGGCAUGCCGUCUUUGAUGGUAACGUGAAGGUUAACAGAUAUGCCCAGCUUACUGAUGCUGGUCAACUCAGCCGAAGUUUGCUUAUGGCACCUCGAGCUACUGUGAAUGUGAAGCCGAAUUUACAGAUUGUAGCUAAUGAUGUCAAAUGCUCUCAUGGAGCUGCAAUAAGUGAUCUUGAUGAGGAUCAGCUUUUCUAUUUUCUAGCACGUGGAGUUGAUGCACAAACAGCCAGGAAUGCACUUGUAUUUUCAUUUGGGGCAGAAGUGAUGGAGCGCAUUUUCGACAAAGAUCUACGGAGGAGGGUUGAAAAUGAUGUCAGAGAAUUAUUGGCUGCAGAGGGAGCGAUUCGUUGAACUCUUUCCAGUUUAUCAUGGACGGAGGUUGAAGUCUUAACUGACUCAGUAACAUAGUUAAUUAGAAGAAUUGAGGAUAAUCAUCAACCUUUUUUUGAAGGCAUUUAUUGUUCUGUUUUGAAAUGUAUAAGUUUACUACUAGAAAUAUGUAGUACUCUGGUAAUCGAUUUCAUGAAGCAUGGCCUAUGUGCUAUGAAAUUUUGAAGAGCUUUUAUGUCAAAAGGAGCAGCAGAAGCCUAUUUUAGAUAUGUUUUAAAAAUUCAUAGAGAUGCAUUCAUUACAGAUUAUUUAUUCUUUUUGUAGCAAUCUUUAGGACACAAUCCUAAUGAUUUCAGUUUGAUGUUUGUAAUUGGUCAUGGGUAAUAUUGAUUUCAAUGAAGUUUCAAAAUAUGGUCUACUCGC